AUACAAGUCGACCUGGCGCUGCAGCUCAAGAAGUUCCUGACCGGUCCUGGGAAAUGGAGUCAGCUGUUCGCGCUGGUGGUGCUAUUGUUCAACUGGAAGAGCCUGCCGUUUGCGUGGAGUGUCCGCGUCCUCGGCAACAUGAUCCAGCACUUCCUCGUCCGGCGCCCACACUCGCACUCGCCAGACAAGCUCUUCCACCCGGUCAUCAGCACGACACACACCUCGCUCAUGGAGGUCGACUACAACAUCCACAAGUCCAACUCGACCUACUUUGCCGACCUGGACGUCAGCCGCACACACCUGGUCGCGCACCUGCUCGCAAAGGGGUGCCACCUGGCGGGGAACAACGCCAAGACCGGGCUCGUCCUGGACCCGACCACGGGCCGGCCGGCCAGGGGCAAGUUCGGGGUCAUGCUGGGCUCCGUGUCGUGCUCCUUCAAGCGCGAGAUCAGGCCGUUUGCCAGGUACGACAUGUACUCGCGCGUGCUCGCCUGGGACAGGAAGUGGAUGUACAUUGUCACGCACUUUCUCGAGCCGGGCGUCGCUGGCGGCAGCGGCAAGCACGCGCCAGGCAAGCCACUCCCCGCCGGGUGGGAGAAGAAGGUCUACGCGACCGCCAUCAGCAAGUACGUGUUCAAGAUUGGCCGGCUGACCGUGCACCCAGCGGUCCUGAUCGGCGCGAGUGGGCUCCUGCCGGAGCGGCCGGGCGGGUGGGUCACUGCUCCCCCGGAGGGCCAGGAGAGCAGCAGCAGCAACAGCAGCAGCAACAGCAGCAGCGGCGUGUCGACUCCUCCUGCCGGUGCUGGUGCUGCUGCCCAGAACGGCAGUGCGCCAGUAGUCGAGGAAGAGAAGGAGGCAAAGGUGCAGGCCAACGGCUCGGCAGACGCGACAGAGGGGACCAACGGCGCCGCCAAGCCCGCCGAGCCAGUCGCCGCUGCUCUGUCAACCACGGCAGAGAGCGAAGACACCUUCCGGGCGGCGGUAGAUGGUGAGUGGGACUGGCGCCGCACCGAGGCCGAGCUGCAGCGCGGGCUGGCGUAUGCGAGCCACUUUGCCGCGCUCGAGGGCUUGCACGGCGAGUUCCGCGGCACCGAGGAGGGCAUGCUAGGCCGGUUCUCGCUGGGUUAGAGUUGAGGCUGAGGUUGAGGUUGAGUCUUGAGAUGAGCUUGGUCGCAAGGGGUUCUCACUCACCCAUUCUUUCACGAAAAAGGAGAUUGUGCCGUGCCUCGUGGCAACAGAGCGACUUCUGUUUUCUUUCACUUGCGAUGACAAGGCACACACCCGC